AUGUCGCAACCAACUCUCACCACAGACUACACCUCCCCAGCGAGUGAACCGUUCAAGGUUGCUCACACCCUUCCUGCAAUCUCAUCUCCAACCUCCACGGCCGACAAGUCGUCAUACCUAAAGGCUCUGCGCGCCUCUGACAAGGCGAGAGAUGCCGCGGCCGAGGCCAAAGAGGAAGAGAACUAUGGCGAGGAGGUGCAGGAAGGGGAGGAAUGA